AGGCGGUGGAAGAGGACGGUACUGGAACGAGCAGUAGACAGAAACCUCGGCUAGCCAGACCGGCGUAUAGGCGGGCUGCAUGUCAGAUGGUAGUGGUGGCGGGACGACGGUGUAGUUUGAUACAUAACAUACCGAACCAGUGCGUGUUUGACCACGGUGUUCGCAGGAAGCAAAGUGCUCCUAUCCACUUGUUGGUUGAUCCAGAUAGCUUUUCCAGUAAUUCUUCUCUCGUUACUGAUCGUAACUGUUUACGAUCUUUUUACUUAUUAUUGUUGUUAUUAUUGGUAAAUUGCCUCGAAUUUAUAAAUUACCAAUAUCUGCUUAUCAGUUACACUGUAUGGAAUAAAUGUAAUUUUACAAGCAUUUAACAAUUCGGAAUUUAAACACGUCGGUAAAUUUUUUACUUAUAUCUAGUAUUAAAUCUGUAUUUCAGCAGAUUAUUAAAUCAAAUUCGAAUUAAACACUCCUGAAGGGCUCAUUCUGAAUUUGCGUGUGGUGUUUGACAGUUUUAACUGAUUUUUUCGGGUUCUCUAUCGUUUCAUUUAAAUUGGUUUCCUCAUUAAUUGUUAACAACUUACAUUUCCAUGGUACAGUAGAAUGUACCACGUGUGAGCUUUUCGUUCUCGUUAUGUUUGACGUAACUGAGAAGUGCACUAGUGAGACGGCUGGUUUGCUAGCGACAAGUGGCUGAAGAGAAGACUGACUGCUCUUUUCGUGUUGUGUUUCGAGAUCGUCAAAUAAGUCUAUGCGCUGUAGUCAACUUGGGUCUGUGUUGAGAUGACUUAACAUUUUUCGAGGCUGACGCAAAGUGACUUACGUUCAAGUACAGUCCGAUCAGAUGACGAUAAAUGGCACAUUUGUCGUGAAUAAUUAUAUGGAUUUUGUGUUGAACACUGUAGGUGUUGGUUCUUGAAACGCGUGUGACUGUUGAAGUGUGUUUAGGAAUAAUAACAGUUUUGGGGGCGUUUGUCUCGUCCCCCAAAAGGAAAUAACUGGAAGGAGACCAAGUGUGAGAAAUUUGUCGAAAAAUAUCUCUUGAGGAAGGAAUCUGUCCACUAUGAACUCAUACUUUGAGCAGAGUGGGUUUUACGGGAGUCAUCACCAUCAAGCCGCUGGUUCUGCAACGGCCCCCGGUCAUCACCAUGACCAGACGGCGGCGGCAGCGGCGGCUUACCGCUUUCCCCUGGGCCUGGGCAUGUCUCCAUACGCCUCUUCCCAGCACCACCAUCACCAUUCUCUUCACCAAGCAAGACCACCUCAGGACUCUCCGUACGAUGCAUCAGUGGCUGCAGCAGCCUGCAAGCUCUAUUCUUCAGCAGCUGACUCUGUCAGUCAGCAGUCGAACACAGGAGUUGCCAACUACAGUACAAGCACCACAAAGCCAGACUGUUCAAAGAGUGGUACAACGCCUAACGAGCAGAACCACCAGAAUGGCUAUGCAGCUGUCGUUGCAGCGGCUGCGAAAGAUGUUUGGCAAAGCGCUGCGAACGCUGGCGGCGCAAAUAAUGCCGGCACCAACAGUCUUGUGGGACCCGUGGUGAGACCUGCGGCAUGUACACCAGACACACGUGUAGGAGGGUAUGGUUCAUCUGUUGGACUUGUUGGUGGCGAUCCGGCGUCGAGUCCCGGUGCAGGUGGAGGCAGGGCAUCGGCUUGGUCUCUAGGAUCUACAAAUGCAUGUUCUUUGAACAGUUCGGCCGCUCAACCCUCAGUAGCAACUCAACUACACCAACAACCCUCCAACCACACAUUCUACCCAUGGAUGGCUAUAGCAGAGUUUCGGAGUAGACUGCCUCCAACAUCAGGAGCCAAUGGACUCCGCCGCAGAGGGCGGCAGACAUACACACGGUACCAGACAUUGGAGUUGGAAAAGGAAUUCCACACAAACCACUACCUCACGCGGCGACGACGUAUCGAGAUGGCGCAUGCGUUAUGCCUCACAGAGCGACAGAUCAAAAUUUGGUUCCAAAACCGAAGGAUGAAACUCAAGAAGGAAAUUCAGGCGAUCAAGGAAUUAAACGAACAGGAGAAACAAGCGCAGGCGCAGAAAGCUGCAGCUGCUGCAGCGGCGGCGGCGGCGGCAGUGCAGCAACAACAGCAAGGAGGCGGCGAACCGAACUAGGAGUCGGCGCACCACGCUACCUCUGGGGCGUCGACAUCACCAUGGUCACACCAUCAAUUGCAAGACGGAUCGCAGAACGUUAUCAUGGAUGAAGCCUUCUGCAACGCCACUGGAUAUCACCGUGCAUCAGGGUCCAUCACUGAUAUCAGUCUGUGGCGCCGUCGGUUUUACAAUGAUUGGUGAUGAGGAAAGUGAAGAGUAACUACAACACGGCAGUAGAGUACUCACUGCACAGAAGGAGAAACUCCAUUAGAAGGAACCGGUGAAACAAAGAUAUUACAUUAUGAAAAGCAUUAUCCAUUGUGGGAACAGUUCAGAAGGAUUUUCUGCGAGUUUAUCAAGUCGGAGAGGUGAUUUUAGAAAGACAUGAACUUUAAAUGCUUCACUUAUGAAUUUUACGAAUGGCAAAUACACUUAAUUUGUUGUUCAUUUUGUAAGUGUGUGAAGGAGGAAUUCUUCAUAUGAAGUUUUGAGAGAAAAUCAGAACUGGGAGUUAUAUAUUGAACUUUUUAAACAACAGACCAGAAAUCCAUGCAAUAUUGAGUCUGACAGACGUAAUUAAUACCGUUUCGAUUCUUGUAAAGUGUUUUUAUUUAGUAUAAAAUAGUUUAAGAAAUAUGGCUAGGGCAUAAUUUAAUAUAAGGAUAAUUGAUAAAAUAACUUACAUUGGACAUGAUCAAAUACAGAAAAAGCAGUCUAGAUUAGCUGUUGGUUUGGAACAUGUAAUACUAAUCAGGAGUCAUUUAAAUUCAUCAAAUUUGUAAAUAUUUUAAACAAAUUAGAAUUGUGAAAUAAUUUCACUUUUACAAUUCUAAAAUAUUUGUGUGAAAUAUUAUUAUCUAGUGCAAAGUAAGGAAAGCCAUCCAGAGAAAUAGAAGUUUAAUAUUGUUCUAAAAUAAUAAGUGGAAGAUCUCCAAUGUACUACAGAAUACAUACUCCCUUCUACAUGUGUGAUAAUGCCAACUUCAUAUACGUAAAAUAAACGUAACAACAAACAUUGUAGUCCAACUGAAGAUGCAGUACUAAUAGUGUUAGGUAUAAUUUAAGAACAACAGCGAAUAAGAACUGGCGUCUUACAAGUUUUCUGCGCUGUAUAUCACAUUCUGAUCAAGUUCAUAAACACAUGUGGGGAGACAACCGCGAACCACACUGCUUAAUGGUAAAACCACAUUGUUUCUAUUAAUAGUGAUAGGUCUUAGUAUACGUAUACAAUGAAACGUGUAGGUGUUUGUUGUAUGAUGGGAAUGUCUCCCUGUCCAGUUGUGUGCUAUUUUGAGAUAUUGGCAUUUUUUGUUUAUUUUUCUCAUGGAGAUUUGUUUUUUUUAAUAUAUUGUUAAAUGUUUCUGUUGCUUACAUGUUGCUCAACGUAUACAAUUUUUUGUCAACUCAUGUCUUCAAUUGUGUGUGUUAUUUGUAUGUGUG